GGAUAGCUUUACCUUUCAUCGGACACAUGUAUCUGCUGGAGAAGAAUCCCAGAAAACAGUUCGAACGGUGGGUCAAACGGUUCGGUCCGGCGUUCAGCUUGAGGUUUGGGAUGAACCAGGUCGUGGUGCUCAACACGUACGACGUGCUGAAAGAGGCGCUGGUCAAGCAAGGUGACCACUUCUCUGACCGGCCAAGAACGGGAUUUAUCGCGGCCAAUGUACCCUUACACUCCAAGGGCGUUAUUUCUUCUUCCGGCGCCAAUUGGAAAGAACAAAGAACAACAUCUCUGGCAAUUUUAAGAAACUUCGGCAUGGGAAAAAAUAUUUUGGCUGAGAAGAUCUCUGUUGAGGUUUCUAAAUACAUUGAAGCAGUUUCUGAAAGUGGAGGAAAACCUACAGACAUUAGGACUCUGACCAACAUCAGCGUCUCGAAUGUGAUUUGUUCAAUUAUUUUUGGCAAGAGAUUUGAGUUCGAUGAUCCAAAGUUCAUCGAACUGAUUAAAGCUUUAAACUUAGCAAUUGCAUCUAUUUCCGGAACCUCUCUGCUAAAUUUCCUGCCCGCACUUCGACUUUUGCCCUUUGACCCUUUCAAGUCCAAACAGCUAAUUGCUAACUUAAGUGCAACCCAGAAUUUUGCAAAGAAAAUGAUUGAUGAAAUUAAACACGACUCCACAAACACGGACAAUUUCAUCGCCUCUUACUUCAGCGAAAUGAAAGAAAAAGAAAAGCGUGGUGAAUCCACUUUACUGGACGAGACUAAUUUAGUUCGAGUUAUUGACAACCUGUUUGCCGCAGGAACGGAGACCACCAGCACCACCAUCUUGUGGAGCUUGUUGUUUGUGCUUCAUAAUCCGGAAGUUCAGAAAAAAAUCUACCAGGAGAUUUUAGAACAAGUCGGAGUGAACCGUGCUCCGACUAUCCAAGAUAGACCCAAACUAAAAUACCUGACAGCGUUUAUCAUGGAAACACAACGGAUGGCUAGUCUGGUGCCAUUUAGUCUCAUCCACGUAUGCAAUCAAGAUGCAACAGUAGCCGGGUACACCAUCCCGAAGGGGACGCAAAUCUUUCCCAACCUGGACGCCGUCCUGAUGGAUGAAAAAAUCUGGGGCGACCCACGUAACUUCCGUCCAGAGCGCUUUCUUGACGAACAAGGCAACAUCAAAAACAGAGAGGAAUUCAUUCCUUUUUCCAUUGGCCGACGAAUCUGUUUAGGCGAAUCUUUAGCCAAGAUGGAACUUUUUCUGUACUUAUCUUCCUUGUUCCAGCAUUUUGAAAUCCUUCCAGCUAAAGAUAACUCCAUUCCCCUAAUUAAAGAAACAUUUGCCAUCGUUGUCUCCCUUGAACCUUUUGAAAUUCGCUGUGUGGAAAGACACCUGAUUGUGAACAAGUAGAUUAUUUAUCACUUGACAUUUAUUAGUAUAGUGUUUUGUUUAAUUAAAACCGGAUAUAAAGUUUUGUUUUUAUUUUAAACAUUAUAAACAGACUAUUAAAACUUACUCUCACAAUACGUAGAUACGAAGGCAUAUAUUCUGACAGAAGCUUAGAAAGCGAUUAUAUAAAAAAUCUGAAUUUUACUUUUACUCAAAGAAAUAAAAUAAAACCAAUCUUCUAUAUUGAAAUUGUAUAACUAUGACAAAAUAGGAAACAUAAGCUAGAAACAAGUCUUAGUAUACAAUUAGAGAGUUUCGUAAAAAUAUAUAUACACAUACUGCUAAGAUGACAAAAAUG